ACGUCUUACCCGCCCACCCACUACAUCCGCAAAGUGCCCCAGAGGAAGAUCCACUACUUCACCUUCCUGCAGAUGAUGCAGCUGCUGGUGCUGUGCACGUUUGGCAUGUACCCGAUACCGUACAUGAAGAUGAUCUUCCCUCUGCUCAUGAUCCUGCUAAUCCCAAUCAGGAACAACGUGCUUCCUCGCAUCAUUGAGGCCAAAUACUUGGACAUAAUGGACGCCCAACACAUGUAGCCGCAGACGGGAACAAGCUCCGACACCACAAACUAACAUCUGGAAUUUAAAGAAAAAAAAAAAGAUUUAAGGAUUUAAAAAAGAAAAGCAUAUUUUUCAAUGCAAAACUGUACGGAAGCAAAAAGGAGAAAAACCGACUGUUUUGAUUUUUGUAUCUGAUGAGAACAUUCUUACAGGUGAAGCACUGGAAACGAGGGAAGUCGCGUGAGGGAGAGAGAGAGAGAGAGAGAGAGAGACGAGAGCCUUGGGAAAUGUUUCCCAUGAACGUGGACAGACAGCGUCUCUCUGUGGGGGAAACGUCCUGCUGUUAAAAUCAGGACUGUCCAGAAUUCCCUGUUUCACCUGCGUGUGACCCUGUCAGAUGGUUCAGUGCCAUACGCCUCCGUGUUCUCCUCCUCACACUCCUUUACUUUCCACGGUGACACUUUACGUUUUCCUCACUGCAGUGCGUGUACCUGUGUGUGAACCUGUGGGUAAGUGCUUCAAGUACUUACUGAUGCCGUGUAAGUAAUCAAAUCUCUGCCGGUGUUCUUCGUAUAGAACGUAGAAAUGCGUAACGGCACGAUGUAAGAAGGGAUCUCUUUCGACACUUCGCCCUCACGCUGCGUUGUUACGCACAUUGUACUUACUUACACUGUGUUGAUCGGUAUUUAAAUACUUCUCCAUGUGUGAAAUAACUGGUAGGAACUCUGCAUUUAGGAAACUGUAAAGUAAAUCUUGAACUUUUGUAUUUUCUGUCAUUGUGCGACAUUCCAACCUUUGUUAGCUGUGGUUUCCCAAGUGUUCCGGACAUAUUUAGUUUUUAGAUCAUUCCAACAAAUGCCAGUGUUCAUUAAGCAAAGGUAAAAGGUGUGAGUGUGUGUGUGUGAGUGUGUGUGAGUGUGUGUGUGUCAUGGGCACCAAUCUGUCUUUAACCUCGCUUCCUGCCAGCUCUUUAGAAAACCUCAUUUUUAAGGUGGAAUUUAAGUGCUCAGCUAACUAGAAAAUACAUUCCACAGAUAUAAAUAUAUAUAUAUUGACAAAAUAUAUGUAAUAAAUGUAAUUAUAUAGAACGACAGCACAAGCCAAAACAUAUAGUGAAAUCUUUAUCAAAUUAUAAAAAGAUAUUAGAAUAUAUUAAGGCAAUAUACAAAAAAAAAAAUAUUUCAGGUUAAAUUGAAAUAGAAUAUUUAUUUAUCAUAAAGACGGUUUAUCUUUAAAGUACAUAAUGAUCAUUCGUGUGUGUCGACCCUGAACAGAGAGCGAUCGGUCCGUCUGCGUUCACUCCGUCACCUUCCACAGUUAAUGUGCGUUCAACGUGUCACGUCUCUGCUGCGGUGUUUACAUAUCAACGUCCCUUCCAGCUCAAACAGUUCUGGUGCAAUGCUCGUAAAGAGGAGAGGCAGGUUUAAAGUUAAAAAAGAAAAAGAAGUAGAUAAAACUAAACGUUAGCGGGCUUUGGAUUCACCAAAAUGCAUCCCGGGGUUUUUUUUUUGUUUGUUUUUCUGUUAGUGAUGAGUUUUAGAAUAAUCCGGUCUUGUUUUCUGUUUAGAUGUUAUGAUUAGAUCAAUGCUUGCCAACAUUGUCAUGUAUUAAUCCAGACGUCUGGAUCUUGUUAUCUACAGAACAAAAAUAUGUUUAAAAAAAAAAAAGAGAACCUUUUCUAAGCAGCGGUUUGCUUAAAGCAUGUCUUAUCUGGGUUGUUUUGAUACGAUGUGAUGCCAAUGGACAUGUAACCUACACAAGAAGAAGAAAAAAAAAAAAAGUCAAACGGUAACUUCUCGAUAAACUGAAUGCAACGCUCAAUAUUCAGCAAUACUGUGUAUAAAACAGAGCUUCACUUCAGCCGUGGAGCAUCAACAGGCCAGCUGUGUUUUUAAGACAGCAACUUUUCAGUCCAUCCUCACGAACUCUGUGCUCGUUCAAUUAUCGCACACGAGGUACAAGCUAAAAAAAUAAAUAAAAAAGUGUUUGCGUGUCGCAUUCACAGAUUUUACUGCGGUUUAGUUGCUUUUCCCAAUAUCCUAAUGGCAGCUCCCUCAUGCAGCUCUGUUCAACUUUGUCUUACAGAUGUGAGAAAGAUGUCCGAUUUAAGCAGAUGUCUCACGCCGAGAUGGCGUGAAAAGGUAAAGCUCGGCCGCAUUUGCAUAAUCCGUGGACUUAGCCUUAAGACAGCACUGGUGAGGGAAGAGAGAGAGAGAGAGAGAGAGAGAGAGAGAGGUCGUGAGUUAUGAAGUAAUAUGUACAGUUUGCAAUGCAAAGUUUAGUUUUUAUCAACUGUCCAUUAUAAUCCCAGGCAAAGUGUUGGUUUCUGACUUCGGGCCGAGAGAUGAAACCAUCCUUCGUGCGUGACAGUAUUGAUGUUGUUCCUUGAUAUCUUCUCUGUACUGAUGAGUUUUGGAAUAGCAGCACAUUUCUCUCAGAGGUCUUAACGUUGGGUUCAGAGUGAACGACUCUGUUUGUGAAACCUUGACUCCCCCUCCUCUUCCUCCUCCGCCUCCUCCUCCUCCUCCUCCUCCUCCUCCUCCUGAUUGGAUCUGUUUAAAAAUUGCGUAACGUGGUGUUUAUUUUUUUCUCUCUCUCCCUGAUUUCAUAUAGCCUACUUUUUCUAUUCAUGAAUGUAAGAUGUGUGGAUUUUUAUAUAGCAUAACUAAUUUAGGUGUCAAACAGAAUCUGUAAUUUUGUCAAAAAGAUCAGCUAUAUUUGUAAGCUGUAAUAUGUAAAAAGGAGAAAAAAAUGGUUAUCAAACAAAUUGUGUUGGUUUACUAUAGUAUAUAUAUACUGUACACUGAAAAGAGAGACUAUCUCAAGCUGUUUGCCAAAUAAAAAAGUAGUAGUGAUGUAAA